AUGUCAAAUCUCAACAAGCUUGACUUUGUCGCUUUGGAAGUUUCCGGAAGGAACUAUCUCAAGUGGACCCAAGAUGUCAAGCUUCAUCUGACUGCAAAUAAGAUGAGAUCAACGAUUAUUGCUGACAACAUCACCCCUGAAGACAUGAAGGCAAGGGCUAUGAUUUUCAUCAGGAAACAUAUGGAAGAAGCACUCAAGGUGGAAUAUUUAGCUGAAGAGGACCCACGAUCUCUUUGGGUCGCUCUAGAAGAGCGAUUCAACCAUCAAAGAGCCAUCUACUUGCCGGAAGCAAGACACGAUUGGCAGAACAUACGCUUCCAGGAUUUCAAGACUGUCAAUGAGUAUAACUCUGAAAUCUGCCGGAUUCGGUCACUCCUAAAAUUCUGUGGAGAAGAGCUCACAGAAGCUGACCUACUGGAGAAAACUUUCUCCACCUUCCCUCCUUCCUGUAUGGUCCUGCAGCAACAAUACAGGGAAAGAAACUUUGCUAGAUUCUCUGAAUUAAUCACCAUCCUGUUGCUCGCUGAAAAGAACAACAACCUACUUUUGAGGAAUGAUCAAGCAAGGCCCACCGGUACUAGAGCAAUUCCUUUGCCUGAAGCAAAUAUUAUUGCCCAUCACGAAAAUAAUCGUGGAAGGAGGAACCGGGGCCGUGGAAGGGGAAGAAGGUCUGAACGUCCAAGGCAUGGACGAAGAAAUGGACCCAGAAAUGGCCCAUAUGACCGCGACCACCCAGGCAAUGGCCCAAGGGGUCGAGGAGGACGUGGACAAGGCCCACGUGGUGGAAACCGAAAUGCCCAAGUCCGACAGGCUCAAAUUAGAGAGAACCCUGGUCCGGCCCGUCGCCCUCAAAAUCAGCAUAAUCUAUGUUAUAGAUGUGGAGGCACUGACCAUUGGUCCCGCACCUGUCGUGCAACAGAUGAAGAGAUAGGAGAGUAUCACGCCAGACGCGGAACUCAAGAGGCCAACCUUGUGGAAGAGUCAGUCCCUAUGGAUACCACCUUGGAGAUUACUGAUUUCCCUAUGGAUACCACCUUGGAGAUUACUGAUUUCCAAGCAGCUAAUGGAUACAUCGAGGAUUGA